AUGGCUACAAAGGAUCUCAAAAGUUUCAGGAUCGCUGUAAAGCUCAAUGUAUGCGUUUAUGGGAGAGGAGAAAACAUCAAUAAGCUACUUCGAUACAAGAAUCUCCUAGUGCAGUCUGUGAAACCUACACCCCAACUUGAAUCACCUGUUGAGAUUUUCAAUUCCACCACUAAUAGGGAGAUAGUGGUACUUGACCCGUUCCCUACUAGGGAUAACAACAGUUUCAUGGCAGCACGUUGUGACAAGGAAGAUUAG